AUGACAAGGCUUCUUCUUGUCAAAUCAGGUGCUUAUGAAUUAGGAGAAAUUAUUGGACAAGGUGCUUAUGGUUGUGUAUUUAAAAGUCGAAAUGUAGCUACCAAUGAAACGGUUGCUAUAAAAAAGAUGAGUAUGUUACGUACUCGCGAUGGUUUACCAACGUCUGUAAUUCGAGAAGCUGCUUUAUUAAAGCGUGUUGGCAAAGUUGAUAGUGAUAAUUUGAUUAAACUAAAGGAAGUUUUCAGUGAACAGCCAAGUGUUGAUCGACAGAAUAUUUAUUUUAUUUUUGAAUAUGUCGAACGUGAUCUUGAACGUUAUCUCAAAAUGCAUAGUCCUUUAGAUAUUAAUCAAAUUCGAAAUUUUGCUCAACAAUUAUUAACAGCUGUAUCGGUUCUUCAUAGUCAUUCUAUUUUUCAUCGUGAUAUUAAACCUCAAAAUAUUCUCGUUACUAAUACUGGCAUAUUGAAAUUGGCUGACUUUGGUCUUGCUCGCGAAUAUCAUGAACAUAAAGUGUUUACUACAGUUGUUGUCACAAUGUGGUAUCGAGCACCGGAAAUUCUUUUAUCAUCACCUUAUUGUACAUCUGCUGAUAUGUGGAGUGUUGGAUGUAUUCUUGGUGAAAUGGCACUAGGUCGGCCGUUGUUUGCUGCUAAAUCAGAAGCUCGUCAAUUACGUCGUAUAAUUGUUUUGAUGGGUUUACCGAAUGAAGAUGAAUGGCCACAAGAUUCUCCAAUUAGUAGAGAAGCUUUCGAAGAUUAUUCUCAACCGAUUAUUACAUUAGAACGACUCAUUCGUUUUCAAGAUAGUUGUGCUUUUGAUCUACUUCGAUCACUGCUAGCAUUUAAACAAAGCCUUCGUCCAACAGCAAUACGAGCUCUUGAACAUAAUUUCUUUCGUCGAGUUGAUCAUACGCCAUGUACAGUAAUGUGGUCUUCCACUGAUAUAGCCGAAGCUGCUGCUGCUGUACCCAAUCUAGAUGCAUUUACAGACGAUAAUUUUGGAUUUAAUAGUGAUGAUGAUCAAAAAAUUGAAAAUGUUCGUUCAAGAAAAAAUUCUAUUGAUGCAGGUUAUUAUUAUCAAUCGUGGUUGUCUCCCGGUGACGAUCAACAUAUGUUAACAGGAGAUAGCCAUAUAAGCAGUACCGCUGGUGAUGUACCUCAAUCGCCUAUUGAUAUUGUUUCAUGGUGGUCCGAUAGUCCAUAA